AUGGCAGAAAUUGCUUGGCCAUGGCAAUAUAAUUUUCCACCUUUCUUUACAAUCCAACCUCACUCAGAGACCAGGCAGAAACAGUUAGCAGCUUGGGAAGAACUAAUUGUUCAAUAUUUAGUAUCUUCCAAACAACACAUUAUUGAUGUAAGAGAAUCACAAAAUACACCAUUGUUUAGCAAUCCAGCAAUCAAUAGAAAACUCUCGCAAGAUGCUGUUUUGACUAUUUUAGAAGAUAUGGCCAGGUGUGGACGGGCUGCUCCAACUGAUAAGACAAAGACAGUAUGGGAAGUGUAUUGGCAUUCAUUAGAUGAAUGGGGUAAUAUGAUUUAUAACUGGGUUAGUGCAAAUGGUUUAAAUAACUCUGUAUGUACACUUUUUGAGCUAAGAGAAGGGGAAACCACAGAAGGAGAAGAGUUCCAUGGAUUGGAUAUAAACAUAUUGACUAAAGCAUUGAAAAGCUUGGAAGUGAAAGGAAAAUGUGAAUUAAUGGAAUUUGAUGAUAACCAAGGAGUUAAGUUCUUCUAG